CUUUCUCCCCAAAUGUCACGUCUCCUCUCCUGUCUUGAACUGGCCCAUGCUUAUUAUAUGCAUUCUGCAUUACUCCAUUUCCUGUCCAAUUCUUCCAUUUUCAUCUUCUUCAUCUUCAAUCCCUUCAAAUUUCACAACCCUUUCGUUCUCUAUAAUCUAAAUUAUGAACCCAGAUUGUGAUUUCUGCAACAAAAACGCUGCCGUUUUAUACUGUGAAGCUGAUUCUGCUAAUCUCUGUCUACUAUGUGAUAGAGAAAUUCACUCUGCUAACUCUCUUUCUCUUAAGCAUUUUCGGAUCCCUACUUACAAACUUUCCGAUCCGAAUUCUGAUUCCAAAUCCGUCAUUGAUGGAUGCCCAUCUGCUUCUCAGCUGGCACCCAUUUGGGGGAUUACUGAUUUGGUAGUGCCGUCUUUGGGUGAUGAUGAAAAAGUGGGUGUUUAUCAACAGUUGGUGAACUUGAGUAAAUGGGAUUUAGAGGAAGGUGAAAAUAGUGCUGAGUUUGGGCCGGGUACUCCCAGUCUUGAUGCGGUUGAUGGGUCUGAGUUAUUGUUGCAAAAUACCCCUUUUACUUCUUUGUUGAUGAAGGAAGGGGAUACUGAUUUUGUUGAAGAUGGAGAAUUUUUGUGGGGUUUUGACCCUGAUUAUCAAGCAACUCAGGCAUGGGAUAAUCAGUGGGGAAAACCAUUUGAUCUUGAAGAACCCGCAUGUACGUCAACUGGGGUACCAGAAAAUGUGUGUGAGAUGCAGUCGAAAGUUCUCAAAGGUUCCCAGUUAAGAGAUGAUACCGAACAUCCUACAUUAGGCGAUGAAGUAUUUGUGACAGUAGACAACUGCAGCGUAGUCCCUUAUGUAGGAAACACACUUGAUGAUAAAUCAGUAAAACCCGAGACCAUUGACACCGAACAAAAUUUCCAGGUAAUGGAAUGGCCUUACUGGAGAAACCCGUUGAGUCAAGUCGACAUGGAACAGCUAGCAGAAAACCGAGGAAAAGCUAUGCAGCGUUACAAGGAAAAGAAGAAAACUCGAAGAUACGAAAAACACAUUCGAUAUGAAUCGAGGAAGGCUAGAGCUGAUAACCGACAACGUGUGAAGGGUCGAUUUGUCAAGGCAAGUGACGACUCCCCGGAUGUUACUAUGUAGGAUUGCUGUGUAUCCUGUACUUUGUUGUAACUUUAUGUAAUAGUGUGUAAAUAUAUUUUUGUUGUAAGUUUUGGAAUGCAAAUCAGUGGUAUUGUUAAUAUUCUCUUGUGGAGCUGUAUUUUCUUGCAUUAUGAUCCUAAAUCUUUGGUGA